AUGAUGCGACCACCGCCACUUGUUCUUGAUGCUAAAAUGGAAACGCCCGGAACGCCACCGAAUAUUCCCGGAAGAAUUCAAAAAGCUACUGUUCGAAAGCGUCGAGAGAGCAUUGCAACUCGAGCCCGAGAAUUCCUUUCCGCUGUCGUCAAAGGAAAUUUAUUGGAAGUUUCCCGAAAAAUGUCACCACAAGCUUUGAAGAUUGCGCAUCCAAAUACAGGAAGUGUUGCACUAAUUCUGGCUGUGCUAAACGGACAUAAAACUAUUGUGGAAGCCAUCUUGGCCUACUCUUUGAAUACAAUCAACAUGCAUGACAACGAUGGAAGAACUGCCUUACAUUACGCAGCUGCUCUGGUAGGACUCAAUCAAGAUCCGUCACUUUAUUUCAUUUUGAUGGAGAAGGGAGCCAAAGAUAAUCUGGCGGAUUCAGAAGGGUUUACAGCUCAAGAUGUACGAACCAAUCCUGGAUUGAUUGAUAUGGAUAGAGCUCGAUAUGCGAACGUUUAUCCAGUUCCACGUGAGACUGAGUGGGAACUUCGAUUUGCUUCAAAAUCUCCAGAAGAGUUCACAAAAGACAUAAUAAACGGUGUUCUUGAUAUGAGCCAUGUUCCAAAUAUUCCAGAACAUUUGGAUCUUAUUAAACGUUUGACUCUUCUUCAAUCUCAAGUUCUCGGUAUUUGGGAUGCUGUUGCAGCAGAAGAUGAGCGUAGUCUCAAACAAUUAAUUUGUGAGAAAAGAAUGGGAUUAGUGCGAGAUCGUGAUGGUCGUACACCCCUUCAUCAUGCCUAUAUAAAACGACGGAAUGAGCUCAUCGACUACUUACUUUACAUAUGUCCAGAAUCGGCCGACAUUAAAGAUAAGCACGGCAAAACACCAAUCGAGUACAGCCCAGCAAAGCCUCCUCAACUACUUGAGCCACCAACUACUGUCGUUGAUACUUUGCUUGUUGUUCCAAACAGAGAACGGAGGCCAUCAAGAACUGAUCUUCUUCAUAAAGAGAGAUUUCAUUUGCCAGCAGAAGAGAAAGCGGCGGCAAGAAAACGUUCGAAAAGUGAGAAUAAUAUGAGAAGUCGUGAAACUGAAUCACCAGAGGGAUUAGAACCAGAUGUACUCAGCAGAAUUCAGAAUAUUGAUAUCAAAAAUAGAGAUUAUACGGUGUUGGAACAACUUCAAAUCGAGGGAAAAGGAGAUCAAAUCUGGAGAGCAGCCAAACGAAGUAGUGAACGCCUAUCUCGUCAUGUUCAAGAAUUCCGCCAACUUCAGAAUAGACUCGGAGCAGCAAUCGAUGCAAUUGAGAAGGAUGACAGAAAGAAAUUGGAUCAAACGGUUGACGAAGAUGUAAUGAAAACAAGAGAUCGUAGAGGAAUGCGCCUUCUUCAUAUUGCAGUCUUGAGAGAGAAACAUGAAUUCGUUGAGCACCUUGCUGUCAGGUUUUCUAAUCAAAUCGAUUUAACAGAUACGCUCGGUCGGACAGCUCUUCACUACGCCGCUGCCCAACAAAAUGCCAUUUACGAUUCACUUGUCGAUUUAGGAGCUCGGAAAGAUUUGCCUGAUCAAGACGGUGUUACUGCUGAAGAGUAUCGACAGAAUCCAUCUCGUCUCGUUCGUCCAACAUCUGCUGUUUCAUCUGUUAUGCUGAGAUCAAUGUCGACUGACGAUGAAUUCUUUGAUCCAGAUGCGCCAUCAGAAGAGCAAGUUGAAGAAUGGUUGGAAACUGGUGAAGUACUCAAAUUGGAACAAAUUGUACUUGAUGGAAGAGGGCAUAUGCUGAAAGAAAAGAAAACUGUGAAUGCAGCAAGUAAUGAGUUUUUAUCAGGACUCACUCAGUAUCUCACUAAAAUUGAUGCAAUUCACAAGGCAGUUGAAGAAGGAGAUGUGAGAAGAGUCAAGUCUUUGAUUGAUAGACCACUUCUUUCUACAGCAAGAGAUAAUUAUGGCAUGACACCAAUUCACAAAGCUCUUCUCCACGGGCAAACAAACACAGUUCGAUUUCUUCUCGGCCGUUUUCCAAGUUGUGUGAAUGCAACAGACCAUGCUGGUCGAACUCCUCUUCAUUAUGCAGCAGCAGAUCCGAAUGGUGAACACAUGAUAAAAGUGCUUCAGAAGAGUGGUGGUGACGCAUUCAUUGAGGAUAAACACUCACAUACACCAUUCUAUUAUCGAACUCACGGACAGAGACUGAAUGUUCGGUCGAUGAAAGAUAACGCUGUGAUGAAUCAAUUGAUUUCCGGACAAUUGAGUCGACCGUUGUUGCAAGAUUUGGAAGAAGAUAUCUAUGACUGGAUUCAUACUGGAAAUAUUGGGAAACUCGAGGAGCUUGUUUUAACUGGAUAUGCUGACUUGCUUCUUGGAAGAAACCAUGAAGUUGAAGAUGCGGAUAGUAUUGGAUUUUUGGAAGUUCUUCCACAAUAUCAGGCUAAAAUUCAAUCAAUUCAUAAAGCAGUCGAAACUGGAAACUUGAGAGCAGUGAAACUUCUGACAGACCGUAAGAAACUGUCAUUGUGUCGAGAUACUCGUGGACUUUCUCCUCUUCAUAAAGCGAUAGUUUUCGAACGGACUGAUAUUGCCAAGUAUUUGAUUCGAAAUUAUCCACAAUCUGUGAAUGCAAUGGAUCAGAAGAAACGAACACCACUUCAUUAUGCCGCUGCUCUCAAAGAUGGAGGAUACUUGUAUAAAGUUAUGAGAAAAUCUGGAGCAGAUCCUAAUAUUUAUGACUGCAACGGACGCCCUGCAAAAUACUAUUUGAAACAUUCCGGAGAAAUCGAUUUAUCCGCAAUGAGAUUGGAUACUCGGGCCGCCUUGAAACAAGUUUUACACAAUAGAGUGGCUCCAAGUUAUCUGGAAUCUUCGAUUCAACAAUGGCUUCGUGAUGGACAACUGGCUAAAUUAGAGCAACUUGUUCUUUCCGGUUGUGGAGAUUUACUGCAAAGUCGGACAUCAAGUCAUACAGAAACUCAGGCGUUUUUGGAUCGACUGCCUGAUUAUAUGGAGAAGAUCGAUGGAAUUCAUAAAGCAAUCAAAGAAGGAAAUCUGGAUAAAGUCAAGGAAUUAAUGAAAACCAAAAAGUUGGCAAUAGCAAGAGAUCGUUUUGGAUGUACUCCACUUCAUUCUGCUGUUGUUCAUGAACAUACUGAAAUUGUUCGAUACAUUGCUGGUCAUUAUAACUCAGUUCUCAAUGCUCCAGAUUAUAACAAAAGAACUGCAAUGCAUUAUGCUGCUGCUGCCAGAGACGGUGGUCAUUAUCUGAAGAUACUUGGAAAGGCUGGAGCAGAUCCGAUGGCAGUGGAUAAUGAAGGAAGAACUCCUGAUUAUUAUCGUCGAAAUGCAGUAAUUGACUUGAAAUUAAUCAAGGAUCGAGAUGAAGAUUACGAGACAAUAAAUGAGGAAUAUUUGGAAGAUGGACCAAUGAUUGAUUCUCCAGCAACUCCAGAUUCAGGAAGUGAAGGAUCAUUUGCUGAUAGUGCUCGACUUUUGGAGGAUGAGGAUGAAAGUAUCGAAAGACAUCGAUUCGAGAAGACUUUCAGAGGAAAAAUUGAUUUGCCGACAUCAGAAAACGGAGUUUAUCUUGCCAGAACAGUUGCACCUGUGUUGACGAAAGCAUUGGCUGAGGUAUUGCUCCGCCGACCAACCGAUCCGAUCGGUUUUAUCGCCGAAUGGCUCAGCAAAUACGUCGUAGAAGUUCCACGUCGAAAUGGAAAUGGACAUUAA